CGUAAUGGGUGUCAAAGCAUUAAUAUUGAUACUAAUUUUUUCCAUCCCAGCUUUACAAGCAUAUGCGUACACGAUAGAACUAGAAGAGAAGAGGACAUCCAUAUUUUCAAGAAUGUGUCGCUGGGUGAUUAGAGGAGGACUUAUGGCUACAAUUGCCACAUUUGUCAAAUCUGUUGUACUACCAACAGUUGGAAUCACAAGUGGAGGGUUAGCUGCAGGCUCCUUGGUGGAGAAAUUCUACAAUAUACUGGCUAAAACGAAGGGAUUAAUUGUGACAAAAGAGGGAUAUGUCGACGACUUCCUCCACAAUUUUCUUGAAUUCCAUAACCCUGGAAUGGUAUACACUUUUAUUGAACCUUAUUUAGAUUUGUUUGCAUCAUCAAUAUGCGACUGAAUAAUAAUUGUUAUUUCAAAAGCAUAAUUAGAAAAAAAAUGCUUUAGAAAAACAAAACUAAUCUAAAUGCACAUAUACAAUUUAAACUCUUUCCCCUUUCCUCCUUCCUGCUUUUUUGUACUCUGUCAGUUUUGAAUAUCCAUUUGUUAGCAUUUCCGUACUAUUGCCACUAUUUAGCGAUCAUGUUCAAUGUCAUGUAUCUAUGUUAACAUUUUCUUUUUUGACAUAAAAUAUUUCUGUCAAUUUUCAAUCACAAAAAAUACUGUAAUGAACUAUAGUGUGAUAUACAUAUAGUAGUU